AUAUAUUGCAUUGAAAAAAUUCAGAAUCGUCAAAAAUUUCACUCAACCCCGAGUUAAAAUACUAGUAUAAUUCAAAAAAUCAAUAAAAAAUUGUUCAUUUUUCUACUCCGUAUGUCACAAGUAACGUUAGAUAUUUUUUUUUCAUAUUUGUCUUCAUUUUUCUCUCUUUAUUUUCUGAACCUUUUGCCGUGUAUCUCCGAGGCCUCAAACUCUCAUAGCAAUGAAACACUCGGCGGCAGCUGAUCUGGUUGAUUUCUUGAAUGCUUCUCCGACGGCCUUUCAUGCCGUCGAGGAAUCAAAGAAGAAGUUGAAGAGUGCAGGAUAUCAUCAAAUCUCCGAGAGAGAAGACUGGGAGUUGGAAGCCGGCCACAAGUAUUUCUUCACAAGGAAUCACUCUACCAUCGUUGCCUUCGCCAUUGGCCAAAAAUAUGUUUCUGGAAAUGGAUUUUAUAUUCUUGGAGCUCACACGGAUAGUCCCUGCCUGAAAUUGAAGCCGGUUACAAAGGUAUCUAAAGGUGGCUAUCUAGAAGUUGGUGUACAAACAUAUGGAGGUGGUCUGUGGCACACGUGGUUCGAUCGUGAUUUAUCCGUUGCAGGCAGAAUAAUUGUAAGAGAAAGGAAAGAGGGAUCAGAGGCAUAUGAACACCGUCUUGUUAGAAUCCAGAAGCCUAUAAUGAGGAUUCCAACUUUGGCAAUACACUUGGAUAGGGGAGUUAAUGAUGGAUUUAAAGUUAACACACAGAAUCAUCUUCUUCCAAUUCUGGCAACAUGUGUUAAGGCAGAACUGAAUAAAUGUGGCGGAGAUUCAGUUGAUAGUGGGGAUUCAAGUGAUCAGAAGUCCCGUGGAAAGGAAAAUGCUAGUGCUGAAAAACAUCAUUCCCUUCUUCUGCAGCUUCUAGCAACUGAGACUGGCUGUGAACCUGGUGAUAUAUGUGACUUUGAGCUGCAAGCGUAUGACACUCAACCAAGUAUUAUUGGUGGUGCUAUGAAGGAAUUUGUGUUUUCUGGAAGACUUGACAAUCUUUGCAUGUCAUUUUGCUCUCUAAAGGCAUUGAUAGAUGCAACCUCCUCUGAGAACAGUCUACAGGAUGAAACUGGUGUAAGAAUGGUGGCCUUGUUUGAUCAUGAAGAGGUUGGGUCCAAUUCAGCACAAGGAGCUGGAUCCCCUGUAAUGUUAGAUUCCCUCUCUCGAAUUACAAGCACAUUUGACCCUGACCCAAAGUUAAUCACAAAAGCAAUCCAGAGGAGUUUGUUAGUCUCUGCUGACAUGGCACAUGCUUUGCAUCCCAAUUAUAUGGACAAGCAUGAAGAUAACCAUCGGCCAAAAAUGCACAGCGGGCUUGUGAUCAAACACAAUGCAAAUCAGCGGUAUGCAACCAAUGCCAUCACUUCAUUCAUAUUCAGGGAGAUAGCUUCCAAACACAACCUUCCUAUUCAGGAUUUUGUGGUUCGCAAUGACGUGCCAUGCGGUUCAACCAUCGGGCCCAUAUUGGCAAGCGGGGUCGGGAUUCGAACAGUGGAUGUCGGGGCCCCUCAGCUGUCGAUGCACAGUAUCAGGGAGGUGUGUGGAGUGGAUGAUGUGCAACAUUCAUACCAGCACUUCAAGGCAUUUCUCCAAGAAGCAUCCCUUCUUGAUGCUAAAAUCAAAGUGGACAUGUAGUGUUUAGGCUGAUAUUAGCUACUGAUCAUCAUAAUCAAGAAACUAAGUAUUGCAGACUUAUGGCACUCCCAUUUAGUUUUUCUGUCCCAUUUUCCUUUUCUAUUCUGUUCCAUAGCUUUGACAAAAAGAAAAAGAAAGCAUGCUUUUCUUUUUAAUGAAGAUUAUCCACCUUUUAGAGGGUAAACAUAUCAUAUUAUCAAUUGGUUGUACUUUCUUGCGUUACUGUUUCUUUUUAAUUGGUGUGGUUUAUGGCUUAGGUUGCUUUC